AUGUUGAGAGCAAUGGCUGAGUUUGAAAAAAGCGAUAUUGAGUGGCAACCAUUAGCCCUGACGUUGGUCGAGUAUCCAAAAGGUGAUUUGUGGGGAAAAUUCUUUGCCAUAACAAGUUUGGCACCAUUUGGAAUUGGGUCAGGCUUCAUUACCUUGAUUUUAUUUCGGAGAGAUCUUCACACUAUUGCAUUCUUUAUAGGAACUCUGCUUAAUGAAUUAAUGAAUAUUAUAUUAAAACAUAUUUUUUGUGAGAAGCGACCUUUAUCAAGAGGAAAUUUAUACAAUGAGUAUGGAAUGCCAUCCUCACAUUCACAAUUUAUUUGGUUUUUUAGUUUCUAUGUUUUAUAUUUCUUCAUAUUCAGAUUACAUCAUAUAUACAACAACAAUAUUCUGUCAAUAGUGGGAAAGGUCAUAAUAAUGAGCAGCUGUUUUAUGUUAUCUUUGAUUGUCAGUAUGGGAAGGGUAUACCUAGAGUAUCAUACAUCCACACAGGUGAUCUAUGGUGGUAUUGUUGGCUUUAUAAAUGCAACAUUAUGGUUUGGUGUUGUGCAUAGAAUUCUUACACCACUGUUCCCACAAGUUGCUAACUUGAAAGUCUGUGAAAUAUUGAUGAUAAGAGAUACAACGCUUAUUCCCAAUGUUUUAUUCUUUGAGUAUACAAAAUCCAGACAUGAAGCGCGAACUCGGGGACGAAAGUUAGCAGCGUUAAAACCUGUUCGAUGA